AAAAGAACCGAGAGACAAGAGAGAAAGGAGGGUCCGUGGGGAGAGAAGAGCGAGCGGCAGCGAGGUUGGCCGCGGGAGAGCCCCCGAGAGCGGCGGCCCGGCCGCGGGAGGGCGCGUCCCACCCCGAUGUGACCCCCUGCGCGCCCCGGCCUCUGCGCGGCGGGCGGCGAAACUUCUCUGCGGGUCCUGGCGCUGGGGCACCGGGCCCACAACGACUGCCCGGGCUGCGGGGAGGGGAGGCGAGCAGACGUCUCAGGGUGAUGUGAGCAGAGCCCAGGAAUGCCGUAUGUGGAUCGACAGAACCGAAUCUGUGGGUUUCUGGACAUCGAGGAGAAUGAGAACAGCGGCAAGUUUCUGCGGAGGUACUUUAUUCUGGACACCCGGGCCAACUGCCUUCUCUGGUACAUGGACAACCCCCAGAACCUGGCAGUUGGGGCAGGAGCCGUGGGAUCUUUGCAGCUGACCUACAUCUCCAAGGUGAGCAUAGCUACGUCAAAGCAGAAACCGAAAACCCCGUUUUGCUUUGUCAUCAACGCCCUCUCGCAGAGGUAUUUUCUGCAGGCCAACGACCAGAAGGAUCUGAAGGACUGGGUUGAAGCCCUGAACCAAGCCAGCAAAAUCACAGUACCCAAAGUUGGGGGCCUGCCCCUGACUACCGAAGUUCUCAAAAGCCUAGCAGUUCCUCAAGCCCUGGAGAAGAAGCCGCAGGUGGCCUACAAGACAGAGAUCAUCGGAGGGGUAGUGGUGCACACACCUAUCAACCAGAAUGGCGGGGAUGGGCAGGAAGGGAGCGAGCCGGGGUCCCACGCCAUCCUGCGAAGGUCACAGAGUUACAUCCCCACGACGGGCUGCCGAGCUCCCUCGGGACCCCCCCUCAUUAAGAGCGGCUAUUGCGUGAAGCAAGGGAACGUGCGUAAGAGCUGGAAACGUCGCUUCUUUGCACUAGAUGACUUUACCAUCUGCUACUUCAAGUGUGAGCAGGACCGAGAGCCACUGCGCACUAUAUUUCUCAAGGAUGUUCUCAAGACUCACGAGUGUCUGGUCAAGUCUGGUGAUCUUCUAAUGCGGGACAACCUGUUUGAAAUAAUAACAAGCUCCAGGACGUUCUACGUGCAGGCGGACAGUCCAGAAGACAUGCACAGCUGGAUUAAGGAGAUCGGGGCAGCUGUCCAGGCCCUCAAGUGCCACCCCAGAGAAAUGUCCUUUUCUAGGUCUAUUUCUUUGAUUCGAUCUGGAAGCUCCAGCCUCUCGGGUGGGCCCAACUCUGUCUUGUGCAGGGGGAGGCCACCUGGGGACGAAAAGAAAGCCCUCUGCAAAGCGCCCUCUGUGGCCUCCUGGCAGCCGUGGACACCUGUCCCCCAGGCUGGGGAGAAGCUGCUUCCAGCUGAAGAGACUCCGGAGGACUCUCUGUUCAUGCCUCGAUUGGGGGAGAGCAGUACUUCUGGAGCGCUGUCCUCCCGGACGAGGCACAGAUCGGAGCCCCAGCACCCCAAGGAGAAACCAUUUCUGUUCAGCCUCGAUGAUGAGAACAUACGGACCUCUGAUGUGUGAUGAGGCAUGGUGCCUGGGGUGGUGGGGGAGCUCAAGGAGGCCGUGACUUGGUUUCUCUACCUGUUGCUGGACAGUCAGAGGCCUUUGGCAUUCAGAUUCCUGUGGUUGCUCUGCGGAAGGGUCCACCCAGCUGACUUUAAACAAAAACCAACGCAGUGUAUUUAAUUUGGGACAGUCACUAGGUUAGACCUGUAUGCACACUCAGUGGAGAGAGUUGAGGGGCCUCUGCUUUAACGGUUCCAAGGUCUUCCUGGUGAGAGGAAGUUGGGAGUCCAAUUUCAUCCCUAACCAAGUUUUAUUUCCUUGUCCUCAUUUUAGUUUCUUCCCUUUGUUUUCAGACAAGGCACAGAAUCAGUAUUCUGAUUUUUUAUCUUGUUCCUGUUUAUUGGCUGAAGUUUGACAGAGAAGGAAGAGGGUGGGAACUAACCCACCUUAUGCCAGGUGGGGGUGGGGGUGUGGAAGACCCUGGUUCCAGCCUGGCCCGGAUAAAUUCUGGGGAGAGGUGUUCAGAUCUGGGGGCUGGCAGGUGGCUCUCAGUAUGUCCACCAGGGCAGAUCCGCCUCAUGGGACCUCCAUAGGUGAAGAAAUAGGGACCUCUUAUAAGAUGUGGGGAAAGAGUCAACCCCAGGGUAUCAGCCAGUAAUUUGGGGAAUUACUCCAUUCUGGUUUAGAUGUUCUUUGAUCCCCAAAAUACCACCCAUGCGAUUGAUAGACCGCACACCUGAGUUCUGUGUGCAGCCCGAAGGAUGACCUUGUCAGUGUUAAAUGUUACGGCUGUUCAGAAUAGAAUAGACUUUUCCCUUGAUAUGGUUUUAUUUGGAAUGUGUGGAUGGCCAGUAAGUGUACGGUAAAUCACUUGGGUGAUAGAUCUCUCUCUCAGAGUUUUAGAUUUGCUUUAAAGCAGGUGCUGGGAAGAGUUGGAUUACAGUUCAUCCAGCUAAAUGUUUUUGAUCCAUGUUUACCAGACAGAAUAAAAAAGGUCUGUUUUAGCAAAGAUGGAAUAUCUUGAAUCCUUCCUUCACAGCUCUUUUUGAUGGGCUAAUGUUAGUCUAAUUUCAAGUGCUGUGCAUUGUAUUUCCUGGCAGAGCUACUUUCUUUCUAUGCCUUGUGUUGCCCUUUGAACGAAGUCUUGUAUAACAUGUGAUCCAACCUGUAAUCUGAUGAGGCCCCAUGUAUUUAGCAGCAAAGAGAGAGAGAUGAUCUUGAGAUAUUUAUGUUUUUCAUAACAUAGAAACUGCAUAAACACAUAGAUUUAAAGGUUAUGCACUGCUGACUAGAGAUUUCCCAGGCAGGAGAGCACAGAUGAGUAUCCUACCCACAUUUUAGAAUGCACUUUCUUCCAUUUGACAAGAAGAUACUAUUUACAGGGUCGCUGGGAGAAUUUACCCAACUUAAUGUGAACUGCUACCAGGAACUUAUCAGAGUUCCCUAAAAGGAAAGAGAACUUAGAACUUAAUUCAUUUCUGUCUACAACUUUUAUCAGCCAGGUCAGUUAAUUAUAUCUUUACAUUAAAAAUUAGGGACUAGAGGAAGAGACUGAGAGAAGUAUUUUUAUAUAGGUAAGUUCUUUCCCCUCCUUUUGUCCAAACCUAAUACAGAGGUAAAAACAUGUCAUUGGAAAAUCUUUCGUGGCUUAAGGGAAAGGCUGUGUUUCUUUCAGGCAGUGUAAUUUCCUUGAAACCUAUGUCAAGUUAAGUACUUGUCUUGACUGCACUGAAUUGAAGUUACCUUGGCCUAGUGGUCAUGGUAUGAAAAAUGAAACCUAUUGGCUCACUCUCUCUCUCUUUUCCCUUUUCUGUCUGCAAACUCUUGUAUACUUCUGUCCUCAGAAAUCCUUGGUUUGGGAAUUAACUUAUGUAUGAAUGAUUGAGGUUAAAACAUACUUCAAGUAGCCUGAUUCCAAGAAGCCAUUCCAAAUUCUUCAAUAGCCUUGUCUCUGUUUUCAUCUUCAGAUCUUCCUCAAGAAAAUUCUUCAGCUAGGUCAAAGAAAGUACACAGUAAGUGAUGCUGAACUAAUGAAAAUAAAUUAGGGACUUUUUGGUAUCUUGAAACAUCCCCUAACUCAUGGAAAGAUGUCAUCUUUUGGUGUUUAAAUUGUAAAAAUCUACCCAUGUCUCUCUCUUUUAAAAAUAAACUCUGCUAGGUUACUACUGCUAAACUGGCCUUUGUAAUAAGCUGAUCAUGUUUUUUAUUUAGUAAGAUAUAUUUUGAGGAAGUGUUAAAUGAAACAUACUUGUAAGUCUGGGUUGUAUACAAGGCCUCUAAUUGGCAAAUACUUUGGGAAUUCUGACUUAGAACAUUGUUAAUGUAGUUCCAACACCAGGUAAAUAUAAUUAUCUUAAGCAAAGCCUAAAAACAUUCUCAUUCCCAAACAUUAUUUCAGAAUUAUUUUUGUGUCCAUACUUUUUACCUUCUGGCCAAUUUGAUCUGACAACUUUUUAAUGUCACUGCACAUGUGAGCCAAAGGUGGUGCAUAUGUGACCAAUACAUUCGGUUUUAAAUGUGUCAAGUAGAACCAAAUGGAAAAAAUAGGAUGGGGAUGCUGUCUAGGUUAGUAGUUAAGUUCCUAGGCUCUGGAAUAAAUCUGAAUUUAAAAAAAAACACCAAAAAGGUCUGCAUUUUCUCUGUGGGAAAACUUCUCUGAGUUGUGCUGUUUGCUUAAGACUUGAAGUGGUCUUCCCUAUGUGUAGCAGCAUUUCAGGUUUCUUCCCUGUAGCUGACCUGUGUUUACCAUCCAGUAGUUUGAAAGCUUAAGGAUUUGCUUAUUCAAGGUCAGUAAAUGGUUGGUAAGCAUAAGUUGGUAAGUUUUUUGCAUUCUGUGAGACAUCAUAAAUGUACUAAGGUGUAGUGUGACCUCAGGUAAAAAAUACUGAAGCUGCACAUCCAUUUCUGAGUAGAAUGCUGAGCUCACAUGAGAAAAAGUAAGUUUGAGGUCCAGCAUCAUAGUUCACAGGAAGCAAAAGUUUUUUUCCCUUCCUGAAUAUAGCUGUGUUCUAAGAAAGCUUAAAUGGACGAUUCAGUAAUUGAGCAGGGGAAUUUCGUUUAACCAAGGCAUCUGGAGAUAACAUUUUGGACAUUUGAGUUUCCCAAAUCAGCUUUGUUUAUAAAGGUCGAACAUGUCAAAUGGACACGUUUAUUAAAUAUUUUUUACCAACACCUUUUUUUUUCUUACUCCUGUUUUCACUGUUAUUGCCUGCGGCAGUUAGUCACUCAUGCUAGGUAGAAUUUGAAUAAAACGAAUGUGUGGCAAAAAUGUACUGUUUGACCCCUUCCCGCUCUGCUUAGGAAGGUGAGUGAUUCUGUGUUUUGAACCAGUAGGUUUCAGCUGUGAAAUGCACUCAUUGUAGGCACUGAGCUGAGUGCAUGGAAACUGUUACGCUUCUCAAAUUAUGUGAUCUUCAAAUUGGUAUGUAGCAAAAAAGUAAUUUUCUAAAACUGUUUGUUGCUUGUUUUGUAAUAAAACCAUGUGAAAUACUGAAA